AUGGCCACCACAAGUAAGCUAUCAUUUCGAGCCAGGAAUCUGGAUGCGUCCAAGUCGAUGCCUGUAUAUGUUGUGGAUGAGCUUCCAGACCUCACAGAAUGUACCCCGAUCAACCGUGCCGUCGCCCAGAUGCCCACGGGCAUGGAGAAGGACGAAGAAAUGGUACGUGUACAACACCAUCCUUUGGCAGCCAUCUUGAAUUUUUUUCUCUCGUUGUCUGCGCUGGUGUACUCUUUGGCGUUGUCGUGCGCCCUCUGUAACGAUCACUAG